AUGGCGACGGAAAAUCUAGAUUCAGCGGUGAAAGAAGAGGACUACUUGUCGUUUAAGGUUGAAGACGACGAUGGCGACACUUUUGAUGAUGACUACUCCAACGACUCCCUUGCCCGCUUGGCCACGAUAUCGAACUGCAUCGGUCUAGUAAGACAUGAGGUGUACCAAAGAAAGAUGUUCAUCGGAGGGCUUAACUGGGAGACCACAGAUGAAUCUCUUAGAGACUACUUCUCUCAGUUUGGCGAGGUCACCGAGUGCACCGUAAUGAGAGAUGGCGCUACAGGCCGGUCGCGAGGUUUCGGAUUCCUCACCUUCAAGGAUCCCAAGACGGUCAACGUCGUCAUGGUGAAGGAGCACUACCUGGACGGAAAGAUCAUUGAUCCCAAACGCGCCAUACCUCGAGAUGAACAGGAGAAGACGAGCAAGAUCUUUGUCGGCGGUGUAAGCCAAGAGACCACGGACGCCGAGUUCAAGGACUACUUCGCACAAUUCGGCCGCGUCGUCGAUGCCACUCUUAUGAUGGACAAGGACACCGGCCGCCCCCGCGGCUUCGGUUUCGUCACUUUCGAGUCCGAAGCCGGCGUGGAUGCUUGUCUUGCCACGGAGUUGGAGAUCCACGGCAAGCCAAUCGAGGUCAAGAAAGCCCAGCCCCGCGGCAACAUGCGGGAGGAAGAGGAGGCGAAGGGCCGGGGCAACAACCGAUUUGGCAACCGGGGCAGAGGCGCGGGAAACAACUUUGACGACAAUUCGUCGCAGGGAGGAGCAAUUGCCGGCGGAAACGGCGGCGGUAGCGCGGGUGGCCCCAGCGGCUCGGCAAUGGCACAGCAGUGGGCUCGCAUGCAGCAGAUGUUCCAGAUGUGGCAGCAACAGAUGGCCAUGAACCGCGGCAUGGGCGGCAUGAACCCCCAGGCGGCCAUGAUGCAGAUGAUGCAGAUGCAACAGAUGCAGCAGCAGAUGAUGAUGCAGGCCCAGCAGCAGGGCGGCGCCGGCGCGGGGCGAGGCGGCCCGAUGCCCAACAUGGGCAACAUGGGCAACAUGGGCGGGGGCCAGAUGAAUCCGGCCAUGAUGCAGCAGAUGAUGAACCAGAUGGGCGGCCAGGGAGGGCCCGGCGGCCCCCAGGGCGGCAUGCAGCAACAACCAAACGUCCCCACCGGCCCCGGCGGAAACCAGAACCGGCCAGGAUACAACGCCUACGAGCAGCAGAUGUUCGAGCAGCAGAAGUACGACCAGCGCGGCGGCCGCCAGGGCAGCAACAGCAACAUCAACCAGCAGCAGGGCUACGGCAUGGGCGGCGGCGGGGCACCGACCUCGUGGGAGGGCAUGUACGACGACGUGCCCCAGCCCAACGUGCCCAACCAGAUGGGAGGCGGCAGCAUGAGCCCCGUCUCCAUGGGAGGAGGAAGCCACGGCGGUGGCGGCGGCGGCGGCGGUCGUGGCGGGGGUGGCUUCCGGGGCCGCGGCGGCUUCCACCACCAGAACCACCAGCAGCCGGCCGACCCUACCAAGGCGCCUCCGGCCAACGCGCCUACGGGGCCCAAGAACGCCGGAAGGCCUGGUGCGAACUACCGCGGAGGCGGAAGAGGUGGCGGUGCGAGGGGAUUCCACCCUUAUGGACGCUAG